UGUUUUAGGGUUUGCUGUUCGUUUGUGCGCGAGAGAGACGAAUGACUCUGUUGUGGGAGAAUGUGAAGCUUGUCCAUGGGGACACACAUACACACCGAGGCCUUCAAGCUUUCGGAUGCGACGCUUGCGGGCGACGUGCGACAAGAUAGGAGCGGCGAUGCAUGGCAAGUGCGAGUGGGCGGGGCGAGGACAGGCGAAGAAGAAGAAGCUUGAACCCACCCGACCCCACCAAAGCAAAGCAAAGCCAGGUGCUACAGCGAGAGUGGGACAGGGAGGGAGGAAGGAAUUGUCGCCGAACAAAUGCGAAGGGCAUCAUCGCUUUCUGCUGCUGCUGCUGAAUCACAGACCCGUCGCGUCCCACACCCUUCCGCAUCGCACUCAAACUUCUUACCCCCUCUUUGCGCUUUCAAAGCCCCCCCCGAUCAUGCAUCGCCUUAACCACUUUUGAUUCAAUCUCUGGAGAGGAAACAUUGCUCACAACUUUCGCCAAACGGGCCGCACUCAUCCCCAUCUUGCAGCUUGCAGCCAUCUGCUGCUGCUUCGGUCGCCCUGACAUCCGCUGUGGCCCUACGACGCCAACAUGAUUUUUCCCCUCCUGGCUGGGGCUCGCUCACCCUACCGUAGAUGCUACUACUUGUCCUUAUGGCAAUCAAUCAUGCGAGGUCGUCUACUGCUACUGCUAGGGAGGUGGGGGUUGCGACUUGUAGGUGUCAUACUGUAUGCAAGGAAGGACUCAUUCGUACCCACAAUUGGGGUGGGGCUGGAAUCGAUCUACAGAGUCCUUACUGACACACAGUGCAUGCGGCGCUUUCCUUCGACUUCACUCCCCCCUGCUUGUUGUUACCUUCCUUGGACGUUAUCAUUUGAUUCCUAAAUCAUUGAGCUGUCUCUGCACUGUGGGAGAGGGAUCUGGGUUUCCCUUCAUGUGGGGUGAAGACGUAACUGCCCUUGAAUCGCGCUAGAGGUUUGGCAGGCGCGCUCGAGAAGGUGAAUAAUCCAUGGCAUCGAUUUCAUGGUUGGAUGGCGGAAUGUCCUGCUGAUCCGGCGAAGGCUGCGGUUUUUCAUGAAAAAGUAAUUUCCCUAUGUACUCGCGAAGGGGUCGCUACGUGAUUCAUGAAUUCCUCCUGGGUAUUUUGAAAUUAAAAUCUCAUCAUAAUGUCUCCGCGCUCAUUGCUCACAGACGAUGCUUCAGCCGUUCUUGGGGUGUGAAGCUUAGCCUCGUGGUCCUCGUGGGAGAUCAGAAUAGGUACUUGUAGAAGCCAGCUGUUGAAGAACUGAGACAUUCUGAUGAAUUUGCACUUGCCGAUUCUUGCAACUCCACAAGAGCGUAAUCAACCCAAAGAGUAAAAAUAAGUGGUUGACCUGUUCAAUCCUCGAGUGGUGGAGAAAUUACGUCGAUUGUGGUUUCUUAAAACGAUUGAUAGAGGCCUGUUCAUCUUGAAUAGAAAUUUUUUUUGGCUGUUCCUGAGGAGAAGGGCUGAUCUGCUGCUGGAAAAAGGUCGUCAUGUCGGUUUCAGAGAAGAAGCCUGUCAUCUCUGAUGCGGGCGCAUGGGCCAUGAAUGUAAUCAGCUCUGUUGGAAUCAUCAUGGCUAACAAGCAGGUCAUGUCGGCAGCUGGCUAUGACUUUCGGUUUGCGACAACCUUGACAGCCUUUCACUUCACAGUGACAUCAGCUGUAGGGUACAUAGGAGCCGCACUAGGCUAUGUUCCGCAGAAGCAGAUUCCUAUUUGGGAUUUAUUUCUUUUCUCAUUAGUCUCAAAUACUUCCAUCGUUAGUAUGAACCUCAGCCUCAUGCUCAACUCUGUGGGCUUCUAUCAGAUUUCCAAGUUGAGUAUGAUACCAGUGGUGUGUCUCUUGGAAUGGUUCUUGCAUAGUAAGACAUACACACGGGAAGUGAAGAUUGCUGUGUUCGUUACCAUGAUGGGUGUUGGGGUAUGCACCGUCACGGAUGUGCACAUGAACUUCACAGGCUUACUAGCAGCUGCAAUUGCUGUUAUCACUACGUCAUUGCAACAGAUCUUCAUUGGACAACUGCAAAAAAAGCAUAAUUGUGGUUCGUUUGAGCUGUUGAGCAAGACCGCUCCCAUCCAAGCAGCUUCCCUCUUAGCCUUGGGACCGUUUGUAGACUAUAUGCUGAUCGGACGAAGCGUUUUCUCUUACAAGCUCACACUAGGAGCCCUUUUCUUUAUAUCUCUUUCGUGCUUACUGGCGGUGCUUUGUAACAUGAGUCAAUACCUCUGCAUUGGACGAUUUUCUGCAGUUUCCUUUCAGGUUCUUGGGCACAUGAAAACAAUAGCUGUCUUGACCUUGGGGUGGCUCGUCUUUGACUCAAUUCUGACUUUCAAGAACAUGCUGGGUAUGGCUCUAGCAGUAAUUGGUAUGGUGAUCUACAGCUGGGCUGUCGAGGUUGCAAAACAGCUAGCUGCAAAGGCCGCUUCCCUGCCUCAGAUCAGGGAUCUCUCAGAGGAAGAUAUUUCUCUGCUCAAAAGUGGGCUUGAGCAGGAGCGCAUCAAGUUGGACAUAGAGCUCACCGUUGAAGGAUCCAAAUGAAGAAUAAUUACAGACUCUGGUGCCAAGGUUCUGAAUUCUUAUGCAUCACCUCACAGAUGAGAACUGUUUAAGUGAUGAAGAAGCUUCCUCAUUCUCUACGCAGCUUAUUACCGUACAGUCUCUCUUACUUUUGCUCUUUUUUGCGCACGGAUGCAUUUGAUCCGACCGUGCUAUGUCACUCCUCGCAGCUAUCACUGAAACUGAAAUUGACGAAAGAUUUUCGAGGGUUAUGGGCCUAUAUACUCAACCCGAGUUCAAUGUGAGGAGAGCAGCUUGAGCAUCAACAGACAGCCCUGCAACUUAUAUCAGAUGGAAUAUGCAUGGUCUUCCAACUUCUGAUGUAACUUCAGAUAUGAAAUGGCCUUGUGUGGCCACCUGUUUGCAACUGGUUGGAGGCUUAACUUCGGGUCUCCUCUUUCCUCUCAAUCCCACUGUAGCCCCCAUCGACCUUGUUUGUUAACUGGCUCUGUGCAGUCAGGAUCCUUGUCGAAUGACUAGCUAAAGAGGUAUCUACUAUGUAAAGCAAAUGGACUAAAUAUACAACGAGAAAAAUAGAUUUCAAUAGAGUAUUUAUAAUGAGGAAGUUUAAUAUUCACUGUAUUUUUUUCACUUCAUGUGUAGUCUUUUUUUGUAAAUCUUAGAAUCGUAGUACUCUCUGAUAAGCAAGGAAAGAUGGGAAAAUUUGGGGUUACUGUCGCACGACAACAUUCAGGGAAUUUCAGCGUAAUAAAGCUCAAAGUUAUCAAUUA